AUGUCAGACAACGAUGAUGAUGAUCUACCACAUCAGUUGCUUCAAAUGCAAGACAUGCGGUAAAACUCUAGCAGGAACGUCGUUCUACAACAUUGAAAACAACCCUACAUGCAGUGAAUGCUAUAACAAUACCCUCGAAAAUUGUACCAAGUGCCAUGAAAAGAUUACUGAUCGGCUACUACGAGCUCAUGGUGGUGUAUGGCAUGUGAACUGUUUCACUUGUGAGAGUUGCCAACGAUCACUGGACGGUAUUCCAUUCACAUCUGAUCCAAAAGACAAUGUCUACUGCGUGAAUUGCUACCAAGAAAAGUUCGCUCCACGUUGUGCUGUGUGCAACAAGCCGAUAGUCCCAGUCGAAGGUGAAAAGGAAUCGGUACGAGUAAUAGCUAUGGAUAAGUCAUUCCAUCCAUCUUGUUAUAAAUGUGAAGACUGCGGUAUGCUAUUGUCCAGUAAGGUUGAAGGUGCAGGCUGCUAUCCUCUGAAUGACCAUCUCUAUUGUAAGACUUGUAACAUGAAUCGACUACGUUUAGGACAGACUUAA